AUGUACUUCCUCUUAAUAAUAAUCAAAUAUAAUAAAUUGCAACAAAUUGGUGUUCCCAUGGUUUCAAACAACUGCUUAGCAACAGUCGAUCGGAGUUGUAGAGACCUUUUGGAUAAUUUAACUAUUUACCCAAACGACCAGAAAAGACUGGGCAUAGUGAUAAAAAUGUCCAGGGUGGAACAACUUCAACUCAGCGAGAUCUGUGUAUCAUUUCAAUGUCAGGAGAAGCACAAGCGGUUGAGGGCGUUGGAAAAAUUUCGAAAAAUUAUUAAUAAUAGUGAGGGAGAAUGGUCCACCAGCGAACUGUCGGAGAUGUGGCAGAUCAUGAGCAAAUACAUUGCGAAGCAGUUGACAGAUCCGUCAGAAUCUUGCAGAAAUAUGGCCAUUGAAAUAACGAAAACAAUGCUGGAGUCUCUUCCUGAUUUUGAGAAAAAUAUAAUAUACUUGAUGCCAGUAUUGGUGCGACGCUUGGGAUCUCAAGAGAUUCUUGAACCUUCGGAAGAAGUCCGACUGAAUUGUGUCGUUCUACUUCGAGUAAUAAUCAAGAAGUAUAAUCAACAUUUGCCAGUGUACGUUGACGACAUGGUGGUGAUUCUUGCAAAGACCGUUGUUGAUGAUUAUCCAAAAAUUAAAAGUGAAAGCUGUGAUGCUAUUUCAGAAUUAGCAAAGGGCAUUCCUGCCCAAUUUUAUACGAAGAGCGAGACUAUCGUUAAGCCAAUAUUGAGUAAUUUUUCACAUCAACAUUAUCGAAUUCGAGUGGCGAGUAUCAAGACAAUUGGCAAUGUUUUACUCUAUGGAAAUAAUAGGUCUUUAGAGGAUGUGACUUGUUCCAUGGCUGCAAGAUUGUUCGAUCAAAGUGGAGCUGUGAGAAACGCUGUUAUUGAAGUCGUUGGUGAUUGGUUGCUGAACCUUCGAGAUCGAUACAGCUGGUGGUUCAAACUCAUACCACUUCUUUUGACUGGGCUCCAUGAUGAGAUUGAAGCCAUUCGAGUGAGGGCCAAUAAUUUGUGGAGCUCCACGGGGAGGCAGUAUUUACAGGAAAAUGAAUCCGAUGAUAAAAUCAAGGAUAAAUUAGAUUAUUUGACUUUUCCACCUGAGCAUUAUCCUCCCAACAUUGAGAGACCGAACUUGGGAUGUCGAAUAAUUGUGCAGCAAAACAUUGGGAAAUUGGUGGGCGGAAUAUGCAGAGAACUGGACGAUUGGCUGUCUGACAUUCGAGUUAGAUCAGCUCAGUUAUUAGCAGUUCUUGUUUUAAAUGCCGAGCAGGAUACAAUUCAGCAUAUAGAAAAGCUCUUGCCAUCAAUGUACAAAGCUUGUGCUGACGAAGAUCAGAGAGUGUCCAUCAAUGUUGUUACUGCUGCUGAAUAUAUGGGAUAUUUUGUCCCUCCUCAAACUUAUUGCCGGCUAGUUCUUCCUACUAUUGAAGAUGGCAACAUUCAUUUUGGACAUUUAAAAUUCUUCGCUGCCAUUCUUCGGGGUAGCCAACGUGCACUACUCUCCAAAGAAUUGAAAACAAUUGCUAAUUUUUUACAGCAGUCGUACAUUUGUCGCAGUAAGAAGGCGAAUUAUCAGCAGGAACUCUUGAAAUGUUGUCAAGCUCUAUUGGAUGUCUGUUUAGAGGAUUGUGCUAGCAUAUCGCAAGAGCUUUUUAUCUCCAUAUUCACUGUAUGGUCAAUGUCCCAGAAUCAAAGUACCAGAGAUUUCGCCCGACAACUCUUGCUAACCCUCUCUGAAAUGGGAAAUGACAAAACUCUUCAAGAAUUCUAUGUGUCACAUCUUUCCCCCCUUCUGCGUGAUAUAAAAAAUACAGCAGAGACCUGGACAGUGCACAGUGGAGAGUUGAAUAUUUUUCACCUGUGCUUGUUAGAAGCGAAUGCAGCAACGUUGGAGAAUGUUGACAUUGUCCUGCCGAUUCUACGAGCAACCAUGAGCCAGGACUCUGAUGUAGAGCUGAAAUUAAAGCUUUUCAUUCUCCUAUCAGAAUUAUUGCAACGUCGAGGUGUAUGUUCGAUGAAGCAAGAAGAUUUAAAUGGAUUUCUCGUCGAGUUUUUAAAUGAUAUCUUGUUGCCAUGUCUAGUCUGGACGGCAGGAAGAUCAGCAGAGGCACUCAGAACAGCAGCUGUUGGAUGUCUAUGUGCACUUUUGGAAGAAUCAGCUGACGAACAAAUUGAUCAAUUCGAAACUCACAACUGCAACAACCGGAUGAAUACUAUUUUUUCAAGCAACGAAAUAUUUUCACCAAUUUUCAAACAAGUCAAACCCAUUCUUGUAUCUCUAAUUGAUGACAAUUCCCGGAAGACACGAUUGUUUGCUCUCCGUGCAAUAUAUUUGAUGAUUAAGAAUGCAUCGAAAUUCUUUUGUGUUACUGAGGAGGAUAUUAUUGAAAUUUAUUCUGCAAUUGUGCGAAGAUUAGACGAUGGCUGUGAUGACGUUAGGUUUGCAGCUAUUGAGACAUUAGUUUUUGUGUGGAAAGUCUCGAAGCUGCACAAUGUCAACGUGGGGGAGAGUCAUGUAAAUUAUCUUUACACCUCCAUCAUUGUCCAUUUGGAUGAUCCAGAAGAAUGUUUUCAAACUCUGAUGUCAGAUGCGAUGAUGGCACUUGCUGAAAUUCACCCGAAAAUGCUUGCCGAUAAAAUUGAAAAAUGCAAAAUCAAUUUCCGGAAUCAAGUGGAAUUGGGAAAACUCCAAGAUAAAUGUUAUCAGUUAAUAAAUAAAGCAGAGCAGUAACGAUCAUUGUCGUUGUGUUUAUUCUCAUUUCAAUAAAAGAAACUGUAUACAUUUUCAUGGUUUUUGAGUGUU